AAGCUCUAAGCUUGUGCUAUGAUAUGGUAUUCGAACCCUCGACCGCAAGAUCGGUAGUCCGUACCCCAAACCAUUAGGCUACUGGCUGUCAAUGUGAUGUUUAAUGUCGACGAUUGCAUAGUGUAUUUUUGCUUUUUGCAUAAUAUUGUAUGUGUAGGUGUCCUAAUGGGCAUCGCGAUCCGCACGGGGUCUCCGCUGGCGCUGUCGCUGGCGGAGGGCGUGUGGCGGCAGCUGGCGGGGCAGCCGCUGCGCCCGCAGGACCUCGCGGAGGUCGACAAGGACUUCCUGCCCGCCCUACUCUGCAUACGAGACAUGACCCCCGCCAACAAGGAGCUGCAAAACUUGGAGCUGCCUUUCUCUAUACCGUCUGCGGCGGGGCACGAGGUGCCGCUGUCGACGCGGCACAAGCGCGUCACACCGGACAACAAGGACGAGUAUGUGCAGCUGGCUUUACAUUACAGACUGCACGAGUUCGACGAGCAGGUGGUGGCGGUGCGCGACGGCAUGUCUCGUGUGAUCCCCUCCCCGCUGCUGGCGCUCUUCACCGCCGCCGAGCUGGAGACGCUCGUGUGCGGCUCCCCAGACAUACCCGUGCAGGCGCUCAGAGCCUCCGCCACAUAUAAAGGCAUAGAGGCGAACGCGCCGCUGGUGCAGUGGUUCUGGGAGGUGAUGGAGGAGCUGUCGGGCGGCGAGCGCGCGCUCUUCCUGCGCUUCGUGUGGGGCCGCACGCGGCUGCCGCGCGCGCCGCAGGACCCCAGACAGAGGGACUUCGUACUACAAGUUUUAGACAAGUACCAGCCUCCUGACCACUUCUUGCCGGAGAGUUACACAUGUUUCUUCCUUCUCAAGAUGCCAAGAUACUCUUGUAAGGCGGUUCUACGGGAGAAAUUAAGAGAAUUACAUAGUGGCGUUUUAGGAUUCCAUAAAGAGUUAAAAGACACGAUUAUAAUUGUAGGUUAUGAACAUAUUAAAGUAGUAAAAAAUAAUCUUAAAAUAUCUGAAUCUGAAUUAAAUCUUAUUGAACCACCGAUUGAAAUAUUGUCAAAUUCACAUAACUCAUAG